CAUUAUUCGCCUUUCAGGUUUUGAGUGACAGUAGUUUUUUCUUUGUCACAAAGCAACGUCACGUCGGGCGGGAGAUGAGCGAAUUUCUCUGUAAGAAAAGUUUUGAUUCUGUCUCGAAGGCUGGAAAAAAAACUUUUCAACGCACAUUCAUAAGUCCCUGAGAUUCAUCCUCAGAGAUAUCCGAAAAUGCUGCGCUUCACGCCUACCUGUACUAGCAGCUGCAUGAAGGAGAACACUUGGUUAGAAUACUGGAUUGUGACAAAAACAAAGAAACAUAGUAGGCUACACUUUUAAUUUAGCAUAAAAAGGGUAUCGCACUUUAAUUUCCUUGUUGAGGUUUUUGGCUUUUUAGGUUGACUGAAGUUCCUGCCCGAGGUCUGGCUUCUUUCCAUCCGCCCUAAGUCUCUCGGAUCCCGGCUGCAAGAUUGAAAUCGCUGCGCUUUUGGAAUUUGGGAGUUUUGACCAAGGACGCGCGCGUUUAUCACCUUUAGUACAGCUCCUUUCUGUGUCCUUUUGGUCUCCUACAUGGUUGUAAUUGUACUGUCUGGAAGAUGUUAAUGUAUUUCACUGCGGGUCCCUGCUUCGUGGAGAGACUGAGUGUCCGAACUCGCAACUGCUCAAUAAGGUGCUUUUGAGCCGCAGUUGAAAGGACUACCCAGACCAUUUUGGGAGCGCCGAAUCCUCCAGAGCUACACCGCACAGCAGUGUACAGGACGCAGCUUUUAAGACGGUGCAAGAGGUCCCAUCUGUUUGAAUUGCAACCCAUUAUAUAGAUUUUUUUUUUUUUUUUUUGUCGGCAUUUAAGCGUUCAGGACAGGAUGCUGCCCCUCUCCAGAACCCAGCUUGCGCUGUUUUUCAUUCUUUUGUGUCCAGUUAACAUAAUCGGACUAUGGUGGGCAGUGGGCAGCCCUCUGGUAAUGGACCCCAACAGCAUCUGCAGGAAGACGAAACGCUUGGCAGGGAAACAGGCUGAACUGUGCCAGACCGAGCCAGAGAUAGUCAGUGAGGUGGUGAAGGGGGCCAAGCUGGGGGUUCGGGAGUGCCAGUUCCAGUUUAGAUUUAGAAGAUGGAACUGCACCAGUCAUAACAAAUACUUUGGAAAAGUACUACAGCAAGAUAUCCGGGAGACUGCUUUUGUCUAUGCAAUUACAUCUGCUGGAGUGACACACACAGUGACACAAGCAUGCAGUAUGGGGGAACUUUUACAGUGUGGCUGUGAGGCAACACGGAGUCGGGCUCCUCCUCUCCCUACAGCCGGACCUGGGGCUGAUGGUUCGAAAUGGGAGUGGGGAGGCUGUGGGGAUGAUGUGGAGUUUGGGUAUGAGAAAUCCAAGCAGUUCAUGGACGCAAAAAGGAAAAAGGGAAAGAGCGACAUCAGAACCUUGAUUGAUCUUCACAAUAACGAAGCCGGCCGACUGGCUGUGAAGAAUUAUAUGAGAACUGAAUGUAAAUGUCAUGGGCUGUCUGGUUCUUGCACACUCAGAACUUGCUGGAAAAAGAUGCCUCAUUUUCGUGAGGUGGGUAAUCGCCUCCUGGAAAGAUUUAAUGGAGCUUCCCAGGUGAUGGGAGGCAAUGAUGGUAAAACCCUCAUUCCCGUGGGGCAAAAUAUCAAACCACCAGACAAGCAAGAUCUCAUCUAUUCAGCAGAAUCUCCUGACUUUUGUUUGCCGAACAGAAAGACUGGCUCCCUGGGCACCAGGGGUCGGAUAUGUAACAGCACAGCCAUGGACGUCAGCGGAUGUGACUUGCUUUGCUGUGAUCGGGGCUACAGAGAUGAGACUGUGGUCUUUGAAGAGAACUGCUUGUGCAGAUUUCAUUGGUGCUGCGUAGUGCAGUGCAAAAAAUGCUCCAUCAGAAAGGAACUGAGCUUAUGCUUAUAAUACUAUGACCAGAAUUAUGGUACUUAAAAGAAUGGAACUUUCAGACCCCAAUAGGAAAGUCUUUUUAAAACCACCACAAAAAAACCAACACAAAAAACAAGAAGAGAAAAACAAAAUAUGGACCCCUUUAUAAAGUUAUGGGGCAGGGAAGCUGCUUAUGUGCUAUAUAUAUUAGGUAAUAUUGACAAAUGAUACUUACCUUCAAGGGAACAAAAUACCAAUACUCCCCAAGCCAGAUUGUGGGUGUAAAGAAGUUUUUUUUUCAAGCAUUGAAUGAGAAAAAAAAUAAAAUUCAACAACGUAUGCAAUGUUGUAAAUUAAUCUUCUUAGAUCUGUAAAAAAUAUGUAACACUGUUCUAUUUAUAACAACUUAAACAUAUAGCCACACAUAAUGAGAAUGAGUCUAAUGUUUCCCUUGUGUUUUAAAGCACUUUGUAUAAGGAACGCUUUUUUUUUUUUUUUUUUAAGUGUUUAAUCUUUGAAUCCAAGACGAAAUUAAAAAUGCCUUGGUGUAAUAAAUUAACAAAUUAAGAAAUUAACAAAAGGACUGCAUCAUACAGCAUAUGCCACCUUUUAUUUCCUUUGAGAUGUACAUGUGUAUAUUUAUGCUAGUACAUUAUGUAUGGGGCUUUUGAUGCACUUUGAUAACAUAUUCAAAUAGAUUUCUUUGUGUUUUACAGCAUAAUAUUAUAAUUUCAAAAAACAUGAUUGGGCCUUUAUUUGAA